AAAAACUCUCUGUUCUGGUCAGCCAGCAAGACCGUUAAAGCAGUUGACAUACACAAACGAAAUUGAAAAGGAAAGAGUGGGACACCGAUAAAUCCUGCAACGUUAGCACCUCUCUCUCUCUAUAUCCGUGCCAAAGCAAAAGAAAUGGAAAUAACGCCUAAUUUGUUGUUAAUCACCCUCUCUGAUUGACUUUUGAAUUUCAGUUCCUAACCAGAUCUCUGAACCAGUUUACCAGGUGUAUUUCAGAAUGGAUCCUCCAAUGAUAGAUAUCGAACUUGUUCCAGAAAAAGAGAAAAUUGAAGAUGGAAAAGAGGGAGGCCCCACAUUCCACUGUGACCUUUAUGAUGCAGAUCUAGUUCGCAGAAUAGCCCAAGUGUUCCUACCUGGAUUAUCGGCAGCUUGUGUUGACAACACAACAGGUGGUAUAUUCAGGUCCCCUGCUUCAGUGGCUGUUGAGAUGAGGAAAGAAAUGAUUGAAUAUCUCACCAUGCGAAGUGAAACUUUUGUUGCUGAAACUAUUAUCUUGGAAGGUGGUCAAAAUGAAGAGAUAUCCGACCAUCCUUACGAUAUUAUUUCUGAUUUUGUUGAUGACUUUGCAAGUUCAAAGAGGAAUUUCUUUAGUCGGGUUCAAGGAUGGAUACUGAGCGAAAAGAGAGAAGACAAGAUAGAUGAUUUUGUACAGGAGAUGGAAGUAAAUGGAUUUUGGUUGAGUGAUAGGAGAGAGGUAAUUGCGCAAAAUUUGGUUAAGAAUGUUGACUACAAAAACAUAUUUUACUGUGACAAGAAAUUCUAUACUGCUGAAGAACUAGCCGAGCAUGUCAUCAACUGUGAUUUUAGGACUGUAAACUGCACAAAUGAUGGCUGUGUAUCUUUUUUUUGUGCAAGCCAAUUGGAGAAGCAUGAUUCGACUUGUCCUUUCAAAAUAAUCCCUUGCGAACAGAAGUGCUCAGAUCACAUCAUGAGACGUGAAAUGGACCGACAUUGCAUAACUGUCUGUCCAAUGAAGCUUGUGAACUGUCCUUUCUAUGCUGUGGGUUGUCCAGCCGCCAUAACAAGGAGUAUGAUUCAGCAGCACUGUUUAGAUGACCUCAAUUCACACUUGGUAUACGCACUUAAAAAUAUUCACAAAGAAGCAUCUGAGGAGGAUUUGAAAGAUCGGUUGGAUCAGAUAAUGCAGGCAUCUUCUGGUCAGCUACAAGCAGCUAGAGAUGCGAGAGCUCUAACCAAGAGAGUCAGGGAUCUUGAUGCAAAGCUUGGGCCCCUAGUUAUUACCAAAAAGAUUGGUGAAGAAUCCGCCGAUGAUUCAGACAACAUUACUGACAGAUUCAUUGAGGUUGCAAAUGAGAAUACUGACAGUUCUGUUGAGGCUGCAAAUGAUGUUACUAACAAAUCCACAGAUGCUGCAACCAACGUUACUGAAAAAUCAUUGGAGUCUUCAAAUGAUGCGAUUGUUAAAUCAACCAAGGCUUCAACUGAAGUUAUCGAAAAAUUAUCAGAGGCUUCAGAUGAAGCUACUGAAAAAUCCAUUGAGGCUUCAAAUGAUAUUACUGAAAGAUCCUUCGAAGCUCCAAAAGAAGUCACUGAAAAAUCCAUCGAGGCUUCAAAUGAUGUUACUGAAAAGUCCGUUGAGGCGUUAGAUGAUGUUACUGAAAACACUGAGGCUUCAAAUAAUGUUGCUGACAAAUCAACGGAGGCUGCAAGUGAUGUUAGUGACAAAUCCACAGGGGCUGCAAACGACGUCAGUGAAGAUUCCAAUGAGUCUACAAAUGAACAUAAUGGCAAAUCCACUGAGGCUGCAGAUGAUAUUACUGACAAAACGGAUGAGGAAGAAAACGGGGCUAUUGAAGAAUCAUCUCAAGCUGGAAUUGGAGUUACUGAAAAAUCCACCUACUACCCAAACAAGUUUGGUGAUGAGUCUCUUGAAACUUCAAAUUUAAUAGCAGAUGCUGAAAAGGAACCUCAAACCCAAGCUUAAACAUAAAUCAAUAGUGUUUUCUUAGCAAACCCUGUUCAUGAAAUGUCAGAGAUCAUAUCUAGCAGGAAACCUGGACAUGCAACUUUGAAGUGCUCAAACAAGGUUUCUUACAACAAUUUUGCUCUCAAGAACUUCACCUUUUUCAUUUCACUAUAUACCCCCUUUUCUUUUGUGAAAAUUCAUUUUUGACAAUGAAAUUUUUAUCCAAGCAUACAAUUCCUUAAGAUGAAUGGCAAUGCUUUGUUCUGUUA